AGUGUGUGACCCAAGCACAACAAUAUACAAACAUUUUUGUGAACAAUUUAUGCACAAAGGAACAAAGGAGUACAGGGGAGAGACGAGAGAGAGAGAGUUCAGGUGCGAGUUCUGAUCAGUGGAGUUGAAUAUCAUUCGAAAAUGUUACCAACUGGGCUGUCUUCUGUUUAUUCAGUUUGCAGUGAUGCUGCUGGUAUUGCUGGAAACCUUUUUGCUUUUGGGCUGUUUGUGUCACCCAUACCCACAUUUAAGAGAAUCAUCAGAAACAGGUCAACAGAGCAAUUCUCUGGAUUGCCUUAUGUAUAUGCUCUCUUAAACUGCUUGAUAUGCCUCUGGUAUGGAAUGCCACUAGUGUCGCCUAGUAUUAUCCUGGUCGCUUCAGUCAAUUCAAUUGGGGCAGUUUUCCAGUUAAUCUACAUAAGCAUCUUUAUUAUGUUUGCUGACAAAGCUAUAAAGCUAAAGAUGUCAGGCUUGUUAGUAGCAGUUUUUGCCAUAUUUGUGACCACAGUGUAUGUAAGCAUGAGAUUUUUCGAUUCUCAUGAAAGGCAAACUUUUGUUGGACUUUUUAGUGUUGCUUCACUCAUUGCCAUGUUUGCUUCACCGUUACUAAUCAUUAAAUUGGUGAUUAAGACAAGGAGCAUUGAGUUCAUGCCGUUUUAUCUUUCCCUUUCAACCUUCUUGAUGAGUCUAUCUUUCUUUGCAUAUGGAGUGCUCAAGUACGAUCCUUUCCUUUAUGUUCCAAAUGGAAUUGGAACGAUUUUAGGGCUCGUUCAAUUGGCCUUGUACUCCUAUUAUAGCAAUACAUUUGGAGGAGACCCAAGAAAACCUCUACUAAAUCCAUAUGCUUGAAUGAAUCCAUUCACGGAAUGUGGUAAAGCUUCAUGCUGAAUUGUCUUCUUCUCUAUCUGUCUUUCUGGAGAAGUCCACCUCCUGAAUAUAUUAUAUGACAUAAACUGAUAUCAUCAUAUAAGCUUUAACACUAGUGACUGUGAACUGAUCGAGAAAAAUGAAGACAUGGACCACUAAAUUUAACAGUUAAAAAGGCUCUAUCUUUGGUCUUAGAAGUUAUUUGUUGGGCAACUGAACUCAUGUUCAGUUCCUUUUGCUGCUGAAAGCAGUGCAGACAUUGUCCUUUACAGAACAAUGGCUUGCGUGCUUGGUAUGUGCGUCAGUGUCACACCAGCCAACUCAGUGAACUCAAUAAUGCUUCAUUUCCUUACCUUGCUGAGUUCUUGUAUAUAUUGUAGGUGUAUAAGGAAAACUUUGGAGUAUUGAUGAGUACUUUUGAAUUAGUCCAGUAAGUUUUGUAAGCCUGUUUGAACCACAUAUUUUCGUUGGAUAAAUGCUAUUUAUUAUCAUUUUAACCUUUAUCCUUUCAUCA